AUGGUUGUGAAGAUGUUUGGAGUAAAUUCCAAGGGCGACCAGUAUAGGCGAGGGUUGUUCCUGUUGGUUUACGGUGUGCUCGCUUGGCUCGUAUUUAGGCUUGUCAAGGUCAUCAUCGACCGCCUCAUCCGCUCACCUCUCCGGACUACACCGGGCCCUCUCCCCGCCAAGUUAACGUCUCAAUGGCUCCAAUUCAUCGACUUCGCUGGCAACCGCACGUCCACCAUUCAUAAGCUCCAUCAGCAGUAUGGUCCGAUCGUCCAGAUCGGUCCUAAUGAAAUUUCCUUCGCCAGCAUCGACGCUAUUCGGGACAUCUAUUCGGGCCAGAAUCCGUUUAUGAAGUCCGCCGCCUAUGACAACUUCGGCAGGAAAGGGGCAUUUCAAAUGCGGGACAAGGAGGACCAUCGACAGAGGCGGAAGCGGAUUAACCACGUAUUUUCGCAGAGCGUGCUGUUGGAGAUGGAGCCGCUUAUAAGGGAUGAAGUGGAAAACCUAUUGAAAGUGGUGGAUGAGAGGUGCGGGGAGCCAUACGAUGUGCUGCAUUGGUUUCGCAUGCUAGCACUAGACGUUGUUGGUCAGCUGUUCCUAGGCAAAUCCUUCGGUGCGCUUAAAGAUGAUAGGCCUCCUCCCUACGUUCACCAUCUCGACAAUGCCUACCUAGUCUGGGCUAUCCAGGGAAUUCUCCCUUCGGUCUAUAGGUUCACGUCUUUUCUCCCCUUCAGAUCUAUUCAAGACUUUCUAACCGCUGGCGACUACGUGUAUGAUUAUGGCGCCGCCGCGUUCUACGACUACCUUCAAAGCUACGGUCGGACCUCAACGCGACGCUCGCUAUUGACUAAACUCAUCGCUGGCGAUGUUGAUAGCAAGUCUGCUCCGUUAUCUGAUGAGGAGAUAUGCGUCGAGAUUAGCAACCUUGUCUUCGCCGCCUCUGAUACCACAGGCAAUACGCUGACGUACCUGUUCUUCGAGCUGGCGCGGAACCCGUCAUGGCAGGAACAGUUGCGAAAAGAGUUAAGGGACACAGAGCCUGUAGACGGCAGCGUGCCGCAGUAUCAACAGAUCAAAAGCUUACCAGUACUGAACUCUGUUAUCUGGGAGGCGCUGAGAGUACAUCCCGCCGCGCCAGCCAGCUUGCCGCGCGUUGUCCCUCCACGCGGCGGACGGGUGGCCGGGAUGGACCUGCCGCAGGACACUGUUGUCUCCGCGCAGGCUUACACGGUCCAACGCUUACUUCCUACAUUCCCCGAACCCGACACAUACAACCCAUUACGAUGGAUGACGACUGAUGGUGGUACAGAUGAGAUGAAAGAGCUUAUGUUAGCCUUCGGCAAGGGAACGCGAAAUUGUUUGGGACAAACAAUGGCGCUGAUGGAGAUGAAGCUCACGACUGCCGCUCUGAUCAAGAGGUUUUCGGUGCGUCUAGCAAGUCCGAGGACAGUGGAUGAUAUGGAGAUGACCGAUCAUUUCACGCUAAUUCCAAGAGGGAAGAAGUGUUUACUCGUAUUUGAAAGAGUUGAAGAGAAGGGUGUGUAA